GUGGAAAAACCGGAUCUUCUUUUGGGCGUUGUGUGCACCGCACUUCACAUUGCCGAUCGAUGCCUACGUCAGCUCACUAGAAACUACGAACUGUACUUGGAACGUGGUCAAUUCCUGCCCACAAACACAUUGACGAACAGUGUCGACGUCACCCUUGUCUCUGACUACAUGAAAUUUGCAGUUACGGUUCUUCGUACAGGUCCAUCCAGUUUCCAUUUGAUCUCCAACGGGAGCCUUUUAGGUGUGGAGGCCCAUCGAAUGUCUUCAGACGGGUUGUUGAUUUGCCACGAAUUGGCUAGUUACAUGACUUAUUGUCAUGAGGAUGGUCAGGGCUACAGGACUGUGAUCAAUAACCGCACAAUGGCGUUCUCCAAAGAGACUGACCCUUCGAUUUUGAGGUCGCAGUCCACCGGAAAAUUACUCCAGUUUACCGUACCUGAUGGGGCACAUGUGUGUACGAAUGAGGUGUAUGCACUGAUUGAAGUAAUGAAAUUGGUUUUGGAAUUACGCGUCCCCGCCUCAGGAAUUAUAUCACUCAAACGAAUCCCCGGUGCCUCAUUGGAGCCGGGCACGGAACUGGCUAGUUUGCAUCUAGAUGAUCCUACUCAAGUGAAAUCUCUGCAGUUGUAUACCGGUCCGUUAGUUCUUCCGUGUGGAUCUCACGCUUCGCACAACGGUUGCACAUCUCCACGCCGCUCCUCAACUCAGGUCGAUUUUCUGACUCAUCAUAGUGUUAUCCCUGAUCCUCCGAUCACAUCCGCAACCGGUGAAAGUGAUAAUGGUGUUGUUAGUGCUGGACCUCGUCCGAACCACUCUACCACAUCACUGAGCGGGCUUGCAGGUGUGGGAAAACUGCACCAUAAUUUUGCCCGUUUGUUAGCGUCGCUGGAACAGGUGUUGUUGGGCUACGCUCUACCUGAACCGUUUUUCACGUCGUGGUUGAAUCAAAGCCUAUAUCAACUGAUGAAUUUUUUGCACGAUCCUCGUCUACCGUUGCUGGAACUGCAGGAUACAAUUGCUCACCUUGCCGGUCGCCUUCCUCCUGUUAUGGAACGUGAUUUGCGCGCACUAGCUAAAAUCUAUGCCGGCCAAGUCACUUCAGUGAUGGCCAAUUUCCCGUCCAAUCAGAUAUUGUGCCUGAUAGACAACUACAUGGCUCGUUUGAAGCGCAGUCAACCGUCCAACACUAAUGCAUCAGAAGGAGAAUUGAUAAAAUUCCAACAAACAGUUGAACGUUUGGUCGACUUGGCCCAACGUUAUCGUCAGGGCCUACGUGGUCACACUAUACACGUUCUGUCACAAUUAUUGUUAGGUUAUGUUGUGGUCGAGCGUCAUUUUCAACACGGCCAGUAUGACAAAUGCACUCGACAACUACUGGCUCGCUGCAAUAACUCCAGUGUUUGGGCUAGUGAUUCGCUCAGUCAAGGUUUCCACGGUGAUGAAAUCGACUUGAUUCCAGACGAAGAUACUGAGGGUUCGGAAGAGACGUACAAAAUCGCGUCUGAAUUAGUUUCUCCGGCUUUACAGAAUUUAAUUCAUCCGAAAACUAUAUCCGAUAUUGUCGCUGUUAUUUUCUCACAUCGCCAGCUGUCUACGAAGAACGCCCUAAUUGUACGACUGAUUGAUCUUCUUACUGAACGUCGAGAACUGAGCGCUGCAUGUGAUUUGAAACUAAGUCUGAAGGCGUUGACUGAGCUCGGCGCGGCGGGUAAUUCGAAGGUCGCUUUGUCUGCGCGACAACUUUUGAUUUCUAUGCAAACACCUUCAUAUGAAGUUCGGCGAAAUCAGGUCGAAUCUAUUUUCCUCUCUGCUGUCGACACCUUCGGCUAUCAGUUUCAUCCGGAACUUUUGAACAAACUUAUUACAUCAGAAACUGUUGUGUUCGAUAUUCUUUCCGACUUCUUUUAUCAUCCCAACCCAACGGUGGCCAGUGUUGCAUUAGAAGUUUAUAUUCGUCGAUCAUACACAGCCUAUGAGUUGACUAGUGUGCAGCAUGUUCAGUUACCCAACGGGGCUUCGUUUGUGGCGUUUCGAUUUACAUUACCCAUGGCACAAUCACUAAGCAGGUGCUUCGAUGAGGUUAUUGCUUUGUUUGUCGCAGCCUGUACGGAGGCGAAAACGAUUCAAAGCUCUCUGUCUGAGCCAUCCUUGUUUAAUUUCGGUCGUGUAUCUUUCGCCGAUGGACACACCGGACACACAGGACACUUUGUCGAAAAGUCACGCUUCCCUCCAAUGGUCACGUUCCAAGAUCCACCCUAUCAAACUACCAAUCCAGAUGAAGAGCCCAUUCACACUCUUAAUGUCGCCCUGCAACACUCCUCAAACUGGAGCGAGACAACAAUUUCUAUUGAUGGUCCUUUAUUCCACCAAACUCCGCGAAACUCGGAUGCGAAUUCGAAGCGUAACGCAUCAAACGAUCAGCCCGUUGCUGCAAGUGCUUCAGUCGAUUUUCGUUCGCGAAGUGAGGCUGAUGAUGUGGCUCAAUUGGAAUCUUUCUGUGCUCGGCAUGCUGAUCAACUUCGUUCUGUCGGAAUUCGCCGCAUAACUUUCCUCAUAAUUAAAACGCGUGAAUUCCCGAAAUGUUACACGUUCCGAGCGCGGGACAAUUAUCAUGAGGACCGUGUUUAUCGACAUUUGGAGCCAGCUUUGGCAUUCCAGUUGGAAUUGAAUCGGAUGCGUAAAUACGACUUAGAACGAUUGCCCUGUCUGAAUCGUCGGAUGCACUUGUAUCUGGCAAAGAGCAAAGCUCCAGUCGGUCAAACUGCUGUUGACUAUCGGUUUUUCGUCCGUUGUAUCAUUCGGCACGCGGAUCUACUUUCUCGAGAAGCUUCAUUCGAAUUUCUGCAAUCGGAAGCGGAACGGACGUUACUGGAAGCGAUGGACGCGUUAGAAUUGGCUCAAACACAUCCAGAUGCGAGCUACACAAUAGGAAAUCAUAUAUUCCUCAACUUCGCCCCUAUUCUUCUCUUGGAAGAUAUUAAUUAUUUGAAAUCAACCAUCCGAAAAACGGUGCUUCGCUAUGCACGUCGAUUUAUUCGCCUGCGUGUGUCUCAGGCUGAAGUCAAACUCCAUAUCCGCUUUCAACCUUCCGAACCAGUCGUGUCGGUGCGUAUCUUCCUUCACGACAAAGAAGGUUACAAUUUGGGUCUAGAUAUUUACCGUGAAGUUCUACAUCCGGCUACGGGGGAGAUUUUACUCUGGUCGAUGAGUGCACCACGAGGUCCGUUACAUGGCCAUCACGUCGCAUUACCUCAUGAAAACAAAGAUUACUUGCAGUUGAAACGGUUCCAAGCGCGCAAAUUUAACACCACCUAUGUGUAUGAUUAUCCGAAAUUACUGGCUCAAGCUUUGCACUUAGUUUGGCGCAAUUAUCUACCUCCGGAGGAUCAUUUGGGCGAUCCAAGUGCCGGGCUGAGAGCCUCUCUGAUUGGCACCGUUGCAUCUACAGUCACCACAGAUGGGGAUCGUGCAGGUGACACCCCAGGCGAUCACGCCACCUCAGUCGGUCGCAGGUUUUCAACACGAGUUUCUUAUCCGAGCACAUCGUCAUCCACGGUUACGUUAACUGGACCGAACGCUGACAUCGAUGAUGAGAUUGGAAUGGUUGUAUGGCACAUGCUUCUUCGCACUCCCGAUACGCCGACCGGCCGAGGGGUAAUUGUGAUCGCAAACGAUGCAACGCACAAAGCCGGAUCAUUUGGCCCAGCCGAAGAUUUGACUUUCCAUCGAGCAAGUCAACUAGCUCGUCAUUUGGGUCUGCCCCGAAUCUAUCUGGCUUCGAAUACCGGGGCGCGUAUUCGUGUGGCUGAUGAGGUCAAAGCCGUAUUCCGUGUAGCUUGGAUCGACCCAGUUCACCCGGAGAAAGGUUAUGCAUACCUCUACUUGACUCCGGAGGAUUAUGAACGUCUACAUGCGAUGGAAGCUGUGAACUGUGAAUUAAUCGAAGAUUACGGUGAAAUGCGGUACAAAAUAAUUGACAUAGUCGGCAAGGAUCAUGACAUGUCCGUAGAAAACUUACGUGGUUCUGCAAUGAUCGCUGGCGAAACCUCAGUUGCCUACGACGAUAUUUUCACAAUCACCAUUGUCACUAAUCGAGCAAUCGGAAUUGGGGCCUACUUAGCUCGUCUGGGCCAGCGAAUAAUUCAAGUUCGGCGACUCAUUUUCCUCUCCACAUAG